AUGGUAAGAAGUAUUUAUGAUAAUACUGCAUUUUGUAGUGUUAAAUUUGCAACAGAAUUAGCACAGAACCAUCAAAGAGAUGAAGAAUUUAGUGAACAUGUUAAAUUUAUUUAUGAAGAUUUUAAAGAAGAUAAGACAUUAUUAAAUCCUUAUUUUAUUGAUGGGUAUGCUGUUUUUAUUGCUUGUAGUCUUGCUAAUCAUUCUUGUAAAGAAAAUAUUGGAUGGCAUACUGUUGGGGACGUUAUGUAUUGGACAGCAUUAGUAGAUAUUCCUAAAGGAACUGAAAUUACAAUUUCAUAUACAUUCCCUUCUAUCCGUCCAAAAAGAAUUCAAUAUUUCCAAGACAAUUAUGGAUUUAUUUGUGAUUGUCCAUUAUGUAGUGGACCAAUAGAUCCAUGGAGAGCAUUUAAAUGUUCUUGUGGAGGAAUAAUAUAUCCAGAACCAGAAGGAUAUAAAUGCCAUUCAUGUGAAUAUAUUUGUACAGAAGAAGAAAUAAAUCAAUUUAAUGAAGAAGAAGACUUUAUAAUUGACAUGGAAAAAUUAAAACGACAUAAAGCAUAUUAUAAUCCAUUAAGAAAAAUGCAUGAUACUCACCUUUUCUUAUUUAAAGCAAUGAGAAAAUAUGUUUCUUUAAAAUCUUGUCCUAAUCCUUUAGAAAUAUUUGAACAAUAUUUAAUUCCAGUAGCAAAGUAUCAAGUUCAAUUUAGUCAUGGAAGAGUAUUUGCUGCUGUAUUAGAACAGUAUGGAGUUGCUUUAAUAAAAUAUUCUAAAAUUAUGCCAGAUCUGUAUGAAUAUUGUAAAAAUAAAGCCUUAGAAUCAUUUCAAAUGGCUUAUGACUAUCGUUGUUCAUUAGGAAUGGGAAGAACUGGGUACGCAGCUGCUGUACUUCAAGAACAUUUAGAUAUUCUUGACCCAAAGAAUUUAAACAAUUUUGUAGAAUAUGAUGAAUAUUAG